AUGCUGACUACCGGAAAGGAGAAGCUGAACGAGGCCGUCAUGAUGUUGAACAAGAAUCUGCAAGAGAUCAACAUCCAAAACAUGGACACCGAGCUUGUGGCUCAGAUGUUCAAGAACUACCAAUCUAACGUUCUUUUCCACCUGGAAGCAACAAAUGGUCUGAAGGAUCCUGCUUAA